UCAGCCGGUAACACUGUGGCAGCAGAGCUAGUAACUCAUUCAUAUGGAAGACGAUAGCCGUAGUCCAGGUGGAAUACUCACUUCAACACUUUGCCGGACCUCUCAGUAUAUAUGAUUUGCCUCAGCCGUUUUAAACGUGGAAAACUGUAAAGGGCAAUGCCCUAAAACAAACUAAUUUCCAUCAUGAAGUCACUAACAUGACACACUGUUGGGGUUUUUAACAAAGUUGAAUUUCCAAUAUGGUAGGAUAGGUUGUUGUUGUUGAGCGGAUUGUUGUCAUGUCCCCGCAGUGCCUGUAGUGGUGCUGUGAGGAGUCUGCUGUGGAUCCAACAAAAAUCCUCAGCAGCCUACCUUCGGCUUGUAAUUUGCUCUGGAUAGCAUAUAUUUACAUGCAUCCUUAUUUCUACAUAUUCCGAGCUCGAUGAAGAUCACUGUUACUUUCCUAUCUCGUAUAUCGACACACAAAUAGCCUAGCUGAUCCUAGGAGUGUUUUCGGCCGUCUAUCUGGAGCGAAUACCUUACACAGCCCAUACCAGUUCAAGCUGAUGUUGUCACGAACAAGAGUAACGUGAUGUAUGAAGGCAAACACAUACACUUCUCAGAGGUGGACAAUAAGCCGUUGUGCUCAUACAGCCCAAAGCUCUGCAAGCAGCGCAGACUAAACGGCUAUGCUUUCUGUAUCCGGCACGUUUUGGAGGAUAAGACUGCCCCCUUCAAGCAAUGUGAAUAUGUGGCCAAGUACAACAGCCAGAGAUGUACCAACCCCAUCCCUAAGUCUGAGGACCGCAGAUACUGUAACAGCCACCUGCAGGUUCUGGGCUUUAUCCCCAAGAAGGAACGGAAAAAGAAACAUGAUGCUUUGGAGGAUAUGCGCUCACGGGCUCACCUGGAGUCAGUUGCUCUCAACAUAACUGUGCCCUCUUUAGCCUUGAAAGCCCCCAAUGGUCUAGAUGAACUCCCACCAUCUCCCCCCUGUACACGCCUGUUACCCCUCCCUGAUGGGGAAUUCCUGGACCCUUUUGCCUUUUAUGAAGAUGACACAGACGGCGAGGAAGUGGGAACUCCUCGGAAGACCAACGCCAUCAAGAAGAAACUGCAGAGUCGCCUGGUGCUCAACCAGAAACUCUGCCAUGACACGGACCUCUUCCAACCACCUCCUGAGCACUUUAGUCCCUCUCCUGUCUCCCGCGUUCACCCUUCCUCGCCGCUCAACACUCACCUCCCACGGCAGCAGUCAGGUCGUCUUCAGCCACCCCAUCACUCCAGUGUGACUUCCUUCAUUUUCCCAGGAAAGCAGCAGGGUUUAUUAUGCAAUCCAUCACCACCUCAGACGGUCAACUUUCUGCCUCCAGGGAUGCCUGCUAAUGCAGCACCCAGUCCAGUGCAACCCUCUGGGCUAUCAGUCAGCAGGAAAAUGCCUUUGACUGCUACUCACUUGCCUGUUAGUUGCAAGGACAGUGGCAGCAGCAAUCAGCGGCAUGUGGUCGUCAUGCGUCCGGCUGCCCUUUCCCCUUCAGCCAGCUGCCUGGCCAGGUUGCAACACCUGGUCCAGCUCUGUGCCAAGAGACACCAGGAGCACGGAGACCUCUUUCCUCAUCUAGGGUUGGACUGGUCUGAAGACAGUGCUGAUGAUGAUGACGAAGAGGCUGUGACAUUUGUUCCCUACCAGAGCUCUUGGAGACCACAGAAUGGGCUGGAAGAUGACAGAGGCUCCUCACGGCGAUCAAGGCUACUUCGGCUUUGCUCGUACCUCCGGGAGAAAUACAAGCAUAUGUGCUGGGAGGAGAGGGCGUUUAUCCGCCAGAAGAGAUACCGUUAUGCCUUCCGCAAAGCCUUGCUGCAUGCUGCCAGUAACAACCCUGACUGUGCCGGGCAGCUGAUCCAGGAGCUACGUGGUGCCUCUCGAAGCUCCUCAAGUAGUUCUCCAGCAAGGCAGCAGAAGACAGAUCCAGGGACCUGCACUGGCAGAACAAAGGGCCAGGCCUGCACCAACAGAGCACUGCCCUUCACUCAACACUGCUUUCAGCAUAUCCUGCUGAAUCGAUCUCAGCAGCUCUUUGCAAGCUGCACAGCCAAAUUUGCAGAUGGUCAGCAGUGCUCCAUCCCUGUGUUUGAUAUCACCCACCAGACACCACUCUGUGAAGAGCAUGCCAAAAAAAUGGAUAACUUCCUGCGAGGGGACGGUAAUAGACGUGUGCAGCACCAGCAGCAACAGCGAAAGCCACGUAAAAAGACCAAACCACCGGCACUCACCAAAAAACACAAAAAGAAGAGGAGGAGAGGACCUCGGAGGCCACAGAAACCCAUCCCUCCAGCGUUACCGCAGGGGAACCUGGGAAUGCCUUCUACAAGCCUUGCCAUGCCCUCGCAGGCCAGCAUCAGGAGCCCUUCAACCCCAGACCUGAGCACAGACGAGCUUCCUGAUGACAUCACUAACGACAUGGCAGACAUUCCAAAUGACCUGGAGCUAAACCAAGAGGAUUUCUCCGAUGUGUUGCCGGGACUACCUGAUGACCUGCAAGACUUCGACUUAUUUGAAGGUAAGAACGGGGAGUUACUGCCCACCACAGAGGUGGCUGAGGAGCUGGUGCGUGCUCUGCAGGCCAUGGGCUCCUAUCCAGACUCUCUGGUGUGCCUGACCUCUAUAGGAGACCUAGCCCCCUCUGAAGGAGUGGACCACCGAGCCAUGACUGUGUUCCCUGGUCAAGUCCAGACGGGGGGGAUGGGGGACCUGCUGAACAGCCGCAUUCCCACAGAGAACUUCACCAGCCUGGAGCUCGAGGAAAACCUACUGCAGUCAACUGGUGGUCAGUUUCCCCCUUCAUCGACACCUCAGCCCACUAACCAGCCCCUGACGUCCUGCUCCAACCUGACCUCAUCUUCUUCCUCUUCCAUAGCCCCCUCCACCACCUCCCUGCUCACCCAAACCUCCAUAUCAGAGCGAACGUUCUCACGGACUCACACAUCACAUGUGCUGGCAAAGUCAGACGCACCCACGUCGUCUCCUCAAGGCAGCCACUACAGCAGUGAGCAUGUGCCAUCCCCAUACAGUGACCACAUAUCCUCUCCCCAUGCUGGCUCCUUCCAGACUGACCCCCCUCUACUGCUGGAAGUCCCUCUCAGUGGGGCACCGCGCUCAUCAUGGAACAAUCUCCCUCUCCCUCUAACUGACCCCGCGCAGUUCGGCAAUCUCAUAGGAUCAGAAAGUCAUCUCAUAUCCACCUCGCUGUCCACUCCCCCGGCCACCACCCACUCUGUGACGCUGCAGCCCAUGGCUGCGCUCUCAGCGAUGCCUCAGAGCGGGAUGACGGGCCUAACGACUCCUUCCGCCCCCUCGUCCUCAUCACAUGAUCUCCUGACCUCCACUCAGCCCAAGCAACAGCUCCCUCAGUUCAGCGCUGCCUUUGGCCAUCAAUUGGCGUCCCACAGUGGCAUCCCGAAAGACGUGCAGCCCAGCCACAGCUCCACAGCGCCCCCCGCUGGCUUUACAAUAGUUAGUGCCACCGCUGCAAGUGCCAAAAGCGCCACGCCACCUUUCACGCAGAGUAAAUGAGAGCAGGGUGGCCCUGCAGCGGCUGCAUUGUCGUGUGUGGACUCACAGUCACUUACAAUCCAGCAGACCGAUCCUCUCCAUCUGCUACAUGUGUGCAAUGUGGUAAUAGUGCACUAUUUGAUAAUGAAUUUGCACAAAACCUCUGAUUAUCCUCAAUUUUUUCUAGUUUCCUUCUCUAAAAGUCUGCAGCCAGACGGUCUCUGGGAUUGUACGUCAGCGUGAGUCCACAUGUUUGAUGCCUUGUGGUUUUUCCUCAGCAGGGGAGAGCAUUGACACUCUGUGAUGAAGUGAACGGGUGAAAACAGGUGGAAGGACCUUAACAGAGAUUAUGAGGUCACUUUGUCGUCAGUGAUCAACUGUACCCUGCCUUGCUCAGAUGGCCAUCGCAUUCUUUUCUUUCUCCACCUGUUCCUCACACUGCUUCUGUCACCCUCUGAAAAAGAAGAGUACUGGUUGUGAUCUUUGUGACCCAUUAUGUUUCGAGCUAUUUAACUGUUAUGAUAUAGAAUCUUACUGAGUCAGAUUUCACGGUCAUGUGGAUUUACCAAAAUACUUUUAAACAGCUGUUUUUUAUAUUGUGUAUACUGUUUAUGUGCUCAUUUAUUGGUUUGCUCAGACGUCAAAUAUCUCUGACCUCACCGUUGGUUGUGGGACUCUGAGUGGCCUAGUAGACACUUGAAGGUAAAUAUAGUUUCUUAAAGCAAUAAACACAUUAACAUAACUCUAACAUCAUAAAGUAUUUUAUCGGUCUCAUUACAUGUAGCUUCAUUUAAUGAUUCUAGGAUGGAUCAGAAAGAUAUUUUGGCCUCUAUAACUGUUUUUAAACUUCUAACGUUACAACAGUUUCUCUCAGAAGUAGAGCCUCUCGAGAUCAACGAUCAGGUCAGCCUAACUUCUGCUCUUGAGUGGAUUUUAAAGGCUCAUACAUGACUUUCAGUGUUAAUGUUUGGGGUGAUGAAGGCGCAAUCCAGGGACUUUAAGUGUCUACUCCCAAAGGUGCUCUCUGGUCCACAUAUACAAUGGUCUUUAAUGACUUUCUUGGCAUAGAGAAAGCAAAUUCAGUUUCAGGACUUCAAGGAAACUCACUCUAAAAUUUCCACUGAAGGUGAAGUUGGGUUGACUGUCUGUGUUACUCAGUUAUUUAGUGAGUUUUAAGCUAAACGCAAACCUGGCAUUGAUUUUAACUAAAGUUGAGAACUCUACAUAAAGAGAACUCCUCCCACUGUCUGUUCACGACGCAUUCAGCAGUCCAACCAUGGCUUUUAAUAGAUAUGACACAAUUGACAGAUCGUCAGACAUUGUUGAGUAUUAGGUAUAUAGAGUAGAAGUCUAUCUUGGGGUUUGUCGGUGAAUUAUUGAGUAGCAAUGGAUUGAAAUUGUUCUUUGCAAUGUAUUCAGUGGAACCUGUGUCUUGUAGAAUGAGUCUCUUGUUUUUUAAUGGCUAUCAAAAUGCUCGUUGAGUUCUUUAUGAGGUCGGAGGGAUCAAUGUUUGUAUGCUGUGUACGAUGUCGGUUUGUUUUUAACUCGUAUUCUGAUGGAGAAUAUUUUUUGAUAGCUAUUAAACUCCAGGAAAAAGUCUGAGAUUGCAUGGGGCAGCAUUCAUAAUAAUCUCGACAUGGUUAUGGUGGAUUCUGGCUUGAUUCUCAGUGGUAAAAAUCAUAGGAACGUACGUAAAGUUCACCAUUUCAUUUAGUGGAGAAAAACAGUUGUGUUUGUUUUUCCAACAUUAAUUUGCACAGAAGCGGGUGGAGGUCGGUGGUGUCUCACGUGUCCCCUGUCUGUCUUGCCUUUUUUUGUUGUUGUUUUUGUUGUUUUUUUUUUGUUGCUUGGACACUCAUUAAAGAACCCCCUCCCCUCCCUCCCACCUCACCCCUUUUCCAGCUGUGAGGAGGCCCAGUUCUGUCUCUCCCUUCCAAAGAGAUAACACACUAUGAAGUGUAAACCCGUAGCUCCACCAGAGACAACCGGGCCUCUCUGUUACUGCAGUGUUGCCACUAAUAAUCAUUGACACAAUGCUCCCUCCCAACACAAUGUUGAAUCUAAAAAAAAAAAAAGAAAAAAAGGAUGAAAAGUUUGCAAGGCAUUACUGCUGUAUCCACAUUGCAUGAGAUUAAUCACCGCACCAGUUUCCUCUCCGGAGAAUCUCGUAGAACAAAAUGAAAACAGGGCUCGUAGGCACAUUUAACUGCUUGAAUUCAGAAAUGGCUGACAAAUUCCUAUACUCAUUGAAUGUACUGUAUUACUGUUUUUAAAGAUAGGAUGAGCUAAUCUAGUCACCUUUUGUUAUUGGUCCUUGUUUAAUUUUGUCUAAGGUAUUUUUUGUAUACAAAGGUUUACAUUUUUAUGUAUAUUUUCUUGUGUACAAAUUAUGUAAUAUGUGUACAAACACUGUAUGUAAUAUCUGUAUAUAGUGUGAGAAAAAUGAUCUUUUGUUUUUGGAUGUAUAAAUAAAACUUGCUGUGAGGUAUUUGCUGA